UAUCUUUUUUUUAUGUCGUGACUGUUAAAGGCAGUCCAUUGGUUUUGGGAAGAUCAUGAACUGCAGUAUUUGGAUUUUGUGUGAAACCAAGAUGGCGUAAAGUGUUGUAGUGUUGUAUUAUUAACUGAUAUGAUGGAGUUAAUUCAUAGAACUAUGAUCUGGACAAUGCUGCUAGUUUUGUAUCGCGUUUUACCUUUAAACGCUCGUGUUUCUCAAUCUACGAGUGGAAAUAUAAUUUACAAAGCCAAUGAAAAUAAAUGGCCAGCAGAUUCAUAUCACAACAAACUAGAACGUUCGUCAAAGCCUGGUAAAAGGCAAAUGGUGUUCAGCGUGAACGGAAUACAACACAUAUACGAAAAUCCUGGUAAAGACAGUGCUUACCAAGGCUUAGGUAAUAACCUUGGACAGGCGAACUUUGGGAACCCCGUGGAAAGAGAAACAGCAGGUUCAAAUUCAAUGGCGCGACAGUUUUCAACGAGUUCGUUUGCUGGUAAUGUUGAGGAGAAUUUGUCUCCAACACCAAGAAGUGAUUCUCCUUUGCCUGAGAGAGGAGCUUCGUAUAAAUCAAAUGCACAAAUGGCAGACAUACAUCUCGAAAUGAAUUCUGCAGGAGACAUACACAGUCUACCAAGAGACUCUUCGCAAAGUAAUAAUAUAUAUAACAGAGUUGUGAAUACGAACUUCAUGCCUUCCCAGGAACAACAGACGAACAUUCAAAACACCUUGCAAGGCAUGGCAGAACAUUCUCAGAGUGAUUUACUCACAUCAGAUCGACCCGAUGUUCAGGAGUCAUCCAUAACACCUUUCCGGGCUGAAGAAAGGCUGUUUGAAAAUACUUCACCAGAAAACGUUCAACGGAGUGCAUCCUUGUUGGAUUCAUACUCUCAGAACACCGAGAACGCUUUACAGGGACGUUUUAACAAUGACCUCUCCUCACUUAAACCGCGCAUGGAAAAAGACGAACCACCAUCGGAAACACAAGAUCCUAAUGGUACCAACCUACCCUCGAGUGAUUUGAUGGAACACAGCUUCAUCAGCCCACAAAGGGACCCACCCCUCGCCCCCUCAACUCGCCACAUUGAACCUGUACUUCACCCUGAUUCGGGACCUCAAGUUAUCAACGCCCUUGGUCCAGACAACGUUCACAUCAUCAAAAAAUUCUACCCCCUUCCUGUCGUCCAGAAGGUUCCAAGGCCCAUUCCCGUCACGGUAACGAAACCUGUCCCGUAUCCAGUUCAUCAAAAGAGCUUCCAAUUCGUGCCACGGCCGUAUCCGCAGCCAUUCUCCAAACCAGAUGUUCACCUCGCCUAUGUUAAGCUUGAAAACAGAGCGAAUCCUUGUAAACAUGGCGGAAUUAUAGUUGAGAGUCCUGGUGGUUACAAUUGCCUAUGUCGCAAGGCUUACAAGGGAAAGCAUUGUCAAGAUCGAGAUUGGUGCUAUCCUUUCCCAUGUCGAAAUACCGGAGAUUGUAUUGAUCAAGGGACGCAUUAUGAAUGCAGGUGUCCUAAAGGAUUCAAGGGGAUAAACUGUGAAGUUGCAGACAAAUGUCACAAUCACCCGUGUAAAAAUGAUGCUAAAUGUAUUCAGUUGUUGGCCGAAAUCAAGUGUGUCUGUUCUCCUGGUUACAAGGGCAAAUAUUGCCAAGAUGUAGAUCAUUGCCACCCUAAUCCUUGCCAUCACGGUGGAAAAUGUGAGGAACUCAAUCAAGCAGCCUCGUGCACGUGCACAUCAUCGUUCAAAGGACGUCGUUGUCAAGUUCCCAAGACGUGUUCUCUUAAUCUUUGUCGCAAUGGUGCGACUUGUCUGGAAGAUAAACCAAGUAACCCGUGUUUGUGUGCGCCGGGUUUUUCUGGACGACAUUGUACUGAAGAUGUCUGUCAACCCAAUCCUUGCCAACACAAUGGAAAGUGUUAUCCCGCAAGAAAUACAUUUAACAACACGUGGUACGCUGCCUGCCAAUGCAGGAGUAUUUACAAAGGUGACAUGUGUGAAGUUCCAAAUCCGUGUGCCUCAAAUCCUAGUCCUUGUGUCCAUGGAAUAUGCUACGACGCCUAUACGAACAUUGAUCAAGUCGCGAUUCCCCCAGAAGGAUACACGUGUCAUUGUUACGAAGGAUACUUUGGGGUUAACUGCCAAUCAAAGAGAUGUGACCACUGCGAUCCAAAUGCACGAUGCUUGGACGGAUUUAAAUGCACAUGCAAUGAGGGAUAUCAAGGGGAUGGACAGGAUUGUCGAAAAAUCCCCGAUCCUUGUGUCCCAAAUCCCUGUGAAAACGAGGGAUUUUGUCAGGCCGAACUUGGUACAUUUGAGUGCAAGUGCGUUCCAGGGUUCAAGGGAAGAACCUGCAGAGAGAAGACUCCGUGUUCAGGAGUGGUAAACCCUUGCAGGAAUGGUGGAACUUGUAUCGACGAGAAGAACAAUUUCCGAUGCAUUUGCACAAGAGAAUGGAAAGGAAAAGACUGUUCACAAAAUACGACCAGUUUAUGCCAAGGUGAGCGCUGUCUCAAUGGGGGAACUUGCAGGGUAUCUGAGGACGGUAAGAGUUGGUAUUGUGUAUGCAAGAGUCCUCACUUCAAGCCUCCAGACUGUGCCUGCGCCUGCCCGGCCAAUGCACAUAACCCUACGGAACGAAACCUAACCUGCAACAACCCGGAAGGCGCGUGCGAAUGCCCGGCAGGUUUUGAACAUCACAAAGGACGCGAUGUCUGUCUUGAUGGUAGAACAAAACCUCCUAGUGGAAAGUCAGAACGAAGUUGUGUUCCUAAUCCUUGCAUAAAUGGAGGAACGUGCGUGCCGCUGUCGUCGUCAAAAUGGAUUUGCCAAUGCCCUGUGGGUUGGAGCGGAAAGACGUGUAAUAUUAAAGCCCCGAUUGUGAAGAACGAAAGUUGCAUCCCCAAUCCUUGUGAAAAUGGAGGUUUAUGUCGUGUUGUGAAUGGUACUGCCGUUUGCUCUUGUCCCGAGGGAUUUUUGCCUCCUCUUUGUGAAAUUAAAGCCAAAUCCGUGUGUUCGCCAAGUCCCUGUCGUAAUCAGGGUCGUUGCGUUAUCGCUGGAGAAAGCUACGAUUGCAUUUGUAAUCAGCGAUACACAGGACCAAAUUGCGAAGUUGAUAGAUGUUUAAAAUGUGAUCCUGUGAAUGCUUGGUGCAAUCUUGGACAGUGCGUGUGUAAACCUGGAUUCACGGGCAAUGGCUAUCAGUGUACUUUUCGUAGUAGUGUUAGUCCAAAGAAAGCUAAUGUCUGCAUUCUGUGUCACCCAGUUAAAGCAUUUUGCAUGGAUAAUACUUGUCAUUGUAAAUCUGGAUUUGUCGGUGAUGGUUAUCAAUGUACGGGCAGUCAUCCUGAUCUAAACAAGAUGAUCACGGAUGCUUGAUUCCUGUUUUAAUUCGUGGAUUGUUUAACGAUCUAAAGAAGAUGAUAACGGACCAAGCCUGGUUUUAUUGCGUGUAUUUGGUCUUUUUGGAUUGAAUUUACGCGUUGGCUGUCAUCCAUACUGGAUUUUUCUCACAUUCCCCAAUCCCCGCCCAACGUGGGCAUUCUGAAUUUCCGUCUGAACACGGACCUGAGAGAAUAUUUCAAGAAAAAUGCUUUUAUACUCUUCCUUUUUAUCACCAUCUACGUUGAAGGAAAGCCGUGUAAUACAGGAGGUAGCCAAAGCAAACGAGGUAACAUAACGUACUACAGGAAAAACUUUUUGUUCGUGAAAGAUGGCCCGCCAAAGAUUCCGAACAAAGCCUCUUCAGGUAACCCGCAAUCGGACACCAGCGAAUGCCGCUGGAAAUGGGUAAUGAACACAAACACGACCCGUAAGCCAAUCAAGAUCGCUGAAGCAAAAUGUCUGAAUUGCAAAUCACCAAGUCAAGCGUUGAAGUGCAAGCCAGUCAUGUAUAGCCACCAUGUUUUAGUUCAACGAGAAAACUGUCGCACAGGAGAGAAGGUUUGGACCUGGAGAUUCGUGGAAUUAGCCGUUGCGUUUGUCCCUGUGUAAUGCAGAAAUGGAAUAUUCUCCUGAUGGUCAUCAUUUUUAAGUUCGUUAAUUUUUUAUUAUUUUGAAUAGGUAGAGUUAAUAAUCAUAGGCCCUGUGAUUCAGUGUAUUAAAACCAGGCACUGACCUAUAGGUCACUGCAAUCAACUGAACCGUUUUGCAGAAAUCACUCCUUUUAACUUAAAGUUGAAAGUUUUUAAAAUUCAUGAAUUUCGUAACUUUUGGUCGAUAGACAUACUCCUAAAUCGCACAUAGGAAAAUAUGGUUGUUCGUCACAGCUAUUACGUAUUUGUAUACAGGUCCAGCUAUAAAUUCAACAACGGUCAGUUGCCUCGUUUCUAAAACACUGUUCUCGUAGGGAAUAUGGAGAGAUGUCUUGUUUUAAAGACUUGUUGUGUAACAACGUUAAGUAGACUAUUAGUAAUCCCCUCAUUUUACGAGGGCGUGUGUAGGUUAAAUUCACCAAAAUAUAUCGAAGAACGGCCUUCAACCAUAUUUGAAAAUACCACAAUUUGAAAGUGCAUUUCUGAGAUUUGCAUCAGUUCUAAGAGAAUGAACCUCGUUUUUUCUGAGGUACUCGUUAAGACGGUAUUCUUUUCGCAACAGGUGAUCUAAAUAUGGGCGGUAAAAGGGUGUGAAAUAAAAUCCAUUUCUCGGUUGAACUAAACUUCAAAUGUCUUGAAGUUACCUUGCUUCAGUUUGAAAUUUAUGUCAGAGCUAUAUCGUUCUUAUAAUUGAAUGAACGUAAUCACA